UCUGGGAAGAAAACUUUCACAUUAAGAGUUGCUGAUGCGGAUUUUCUCUUUCCCCUCUCCGCGUUGAUGAGCGCUUGGCUCCUGACAGAAGCGGUUUGGCUCUCCGCUUGGUAGUUCCGAAGAACUUGGGUCUAUAGAUUUUCCCCCAACUCCAUUGAUGUGUUGAACUUCAGAGGGAAUAAUACCUUCACGUAAAGCAUGUUGCCUUCUCAAGGAGUCCUCCUGCAUCCCUAUGGCGUGCCUAUGAUUGUUCCAGCAGCCCCCUACUUCCCCGGACUGAUCCAGGGUAAUCAGGAAGCAGCAGCUGCCCCUGACACAAUGGCUCAGCCUUAUGCUUCGGCCCAGUUCGCUCCCCCUCAGAACGGCAUCCCCGCGGAAUACACGGCCCCUCAUCCCCACCCCGCGCCAGAGUACACGGGCCAGACCACCGUCCCCGAGCACACGUUAAACCUGUACCCUCCCGCCCAGUCGCACUCGGAGCAGAGCGCAGCGGACACGAGCGCGCAGACUGUCUCGGGCACAGCCACACAGACAGAUGACGCAGCGCCGACGGAUGGCCAGCCCCAGACACAACCUUCGGAAAACACGGAAAACAAGUCCCAGCCCAAGAGGCUGCAUGUCUCCAACAUCCCCUUCAGGUUCCGGGAUCCGGACCUCCGACAAAUGUUUGGCCAAUUUGGUAAAAUCUUAGAUGUUGAAAUUAUUUUUAAUGAGCGAGGCUCAAAGGGAUUUGGUUUCGUAACUUUCGAAAAUAGUGCCGAUGCGGACAGGGCGAGGGAGAAAUUACACGGCACCGUGGUAGAGGGCCGUAAAAUCGAGGUAAAUAAUGCCACAGCACGUGUAAUGACAAAUAAAAAGACUGUCAACCCUUAUACAAACGGCUGGAAAUUGAAUCCAGUUGUGGGUGCAGUCUACAGUCCUGAAUUCUAUGCAGGCACGGUGCUGCUGUGCCAGGCAAACCAGGAGGGAUCUUCCAUGUACAGUGCCCCCAGUUCACUUGUAUAUACUUCCGCAAUGCCAGGCUUCCCGUAUCCAGCUGCCACCGCCGCGGCCGCCUACCGAGGGGCGCACCUGCGAGGCCGCGGCCGCACCGUGUACAACACCUUCCGGGCCGCGGCGCCGCCGCCCCCGAUCCCGGCCUACGGCGGAGUAGUGUAUCAAGAGCCUGUGUAUGGCAAUAAAUUGCUGCAGGGUGGUUAUGCUGCAUACCGCUACGCCCAGCCUACCCCUGCCACUGCUGCUGCCUACAGUGACAGUUACGGACGAGUUUAUGCUGCCGACCCCUACCACCACACACUUGCUCCAGCCCCCACCUACGGCGUUGGUGCCAUGAAUGCUUUUGCACCCUUGACUGAUGCCAAGACUAGGAGCCAUGCUGAUGAUGUGGGUCUCGUUCUUUCUUCAUUGCAGGCUAGUAUAUACCGAGGGGGAUACAACCGUUUUGCUCCAUACUAAAUGACAAAAACCAUAAAAACCUUCCAAUGUGGGGAGAAAGGAAGCUUUCCGAGGCCUGGGUAUUGCAAUACAUGCAGUAGUGCAUCAUUUUAGCAACUCUAAAAACUAAAAAGAGGAAAAAAAUUACAUUUUUUAUCUUAUACCUCAGAUAUUUUGUUCUGUGUAUUUUAAUAUUGUGGGUCUUUCAUUUCUGAAGGUUCCGUAGUUUGGUUGCUGGCUGUAGGAUUUUUUGUGGUUGAUCUAGAGAGAUGCUAGCUAUGAAUAAAAACUGGUCUAGGGCCAUCUCAGAGUGCUAUAUCACGUAAAUGAAUUAUAUAUGCUGACUAUUAAGCUACUGGGGUUAUCAGCUGUUUGGGAAAGAGUGUAAGUGACUACAGUAGUCAUUUUUUUCUGCAUCUAUUAUUUUAUUUUAUGAAAGGGGAAGGGUGGGAGGGACUUAGGGGGUUGGGACUGGGCUUGGCCGAAAGAGGAAAAAAAAAUAGUAACUGAUGAAUCUAAACGACCCACUGCACCAACGAUCAUAUAUCAACGGUUCUAAGUUACUCAUUGUCAGUUCAAGCCAAAGGUUACGUUGUUAAGGGGGGUGCUUCUAGUGGCACUUCUGUAUCUGAGUUGAGUGAAGCUGUGCAAACCCACCCUUUAAACCAUUCCACCCGGCAGUAUUCAGCUUCUUAACCAGCCGCUAGUUAUUUAGGCAAAAACUGCUAGUUAGGCCAUCAACAAGCAUUCUUUUUAUAUUUCUUCCAGUAUAAUAAAUUAUUGAUAUCAUUGCUGACUUUUAUAUUAUGGGAGGGAAAAAAAUAACAUUAAUAAAAAGGUGAUUAAAAAGCACUGUUUCUAUUUUUUUCUUUUUUUCCAAAAAAAGAAAGUAAUAAAAACUUAAAUUCUUUGUACCAGUUAAAAAAAAUGUAUAAAAUUUACAUCUGUGCAGUGGAGUUGUUAAGUUCUAGAAACAGUCUAUGAAGCUUUAGUUUUAGCCUAGUAGAAGAACUGUUAGAGACAGACGUAUAAUUUUUAUGGAAUUACAUGAUAAUCAUAUUCGGAUUUAUAGAAGCAUUUUACAAGUAUUGCAAUCAUUGGGUAGAGAUAAUCAUGGUAUUUUCAUCAGCUUGGUACUUUUUGAAACAUGACUGUGUUGUGUGAGCAAUCUGCAAUUUUUCAGUUCGUGAGAGCCUGCCCUCCCAUUCUUCCUGGUGCCCCAGGAUUAUCUCAAACCGAGGUCUUUAAUUCUGUCUCCAAGGCCCAGGACACUUGUCAGAAGGAAGCAAAAACGUAGGUCCCCCCUCUUCAUCCCCGAAGAACAAAGUCUCCCCCACCUCUGAAGCAGGGCCAGAGUGACACAGCCGAAAAAUUGCAGUUUGUCUCUACUUCUUCUGUUUGAACUCUUUCCAUGUUGUCCUGUUUACAAGUUAACCUAAGUUGGGGUAUCUGUCACGGGUCUUCCUGUUUUUGUAUUUAAAUUAACAAACAGCAGCAAGCUGUCCCCAGUAGUUUUGCUGCCAUAGUUAAAUCUUCAUGUGUACAGUGCAGGCCCCAUGGCACGCACUUUAGUAAGUAAUCAACUCACUGCUGUGAACCUGCCAAUCCGCUGUAACAACUCUGCUUUCAAACAAAACCAAACAAAACUUAAAAAAAAAAAAAAAAGUGUUUGUGAUCCAGCUUUCUCUUGUCAUCUUAUGUGCAUGCAGUAAGAUCGGUUGGAUAUUAAACCAUCAAUAAAGUUUCACAAGAUUUGAAAACAAAGUUUCUGUAGCUUCGAUAUCUAAGACAGAUGAGCGCUAUAACUUGAAAAGAAGAGAAAGGGGGGAAACUGCUUAGCAGCCCAAAGCAUAAAAAAAAUGUCCUUUUCCCCAGACUUCUUUGGGUGGGGGAAGGGAGGGGGAUGGGGUGUUUCAUAGCAUCACUGAGUCAUUCUCAUUCCCCCACCUGGAAAACAAUGUUAGGACAGAGGGUGCCUGGUGGAUGGUUUUAAAGGAAGCAAUUUAUUCCAAUGCCGUGGCAUCCUACCCCGGAGGGGAGAAAGAGAGAAGGGACAGGGGGUUAGGGAGAAUAAAGAGAUUUCUCCCAAUUGCCUCAGAUUUCAAAAUCCAGAAUUUGCAUUGUAUUUGGAAUCACAAACAUGGAAUUCUUACUGUGUUGGUUAAAGUAAAAUUAAUUUGCGGUUUUGAUUUUCAUCGAUGAGCUGUACUUUCCCCCAUGAUUGUAUGUAGUUUUAAUAAAAUCAUUUAGGGUAAGUGGGUGCCGACCGAUGUUGCAGAAUCUUCUGUCUGGGCACUCCUCCAAGAUGCCAAUAAGUCAUUUUAAAAUGUAUGUCAGAGAUGUAAACAAACAUUUUGGAUUUUUUUAAACGGUAUUUAUUUGGAAUGUUUUCAUUUAUCUAAAUAACUAUUGCUAUUAUGAAUUAUGGAAAAAAAGAUUAAUAUCAUGUGUGGCAUAUAGUGACUUCUUAACACACACAUCACGCAAUCUGCAAACCCAGAAAAUGUGUAUAUCUGUCUUUAGAAAUUAGUGUUUAUAUCACUUACAGUGGUUUGUGAAUAAAGAAAACUGGUUUGUAAUAUCA